AUGCACAGAACUUACUCUUUGAGAAGCUCUAGAGCUCCAACUGCGUCUCAACUACAAAACCCUCCACCACCACCAUCUUCCACCAAGGGUAGAUUCUUUGGUAAGGGUGGUAUUGCGUACACUUUCAGAAAGACUACUGCUGGUCAGAUUGGUCCAGAGCUAUCCAGAAAGCUUUCCCAGCUGGUCAAGAUCGAGAAGAACGUCUUGAGAUCCUUGGAAGUCGCUGCCAAUGAGAGACGUGACGCCGCCAAGCAGCUGUCCCUAUGGGGUCUAGAGAACGACGACGACGUCUCAGACAUUACCGACAAGCUGGGUGUGCUGAUCUUCGAGAUCAGUGAGUUGGACGACCAAUUCAUUGACAGAUACGACCAGUACCGUUUGACCAUGAAGUCCAUCAGAGAUAUCGAAGGUUCCGUUCAACCAUCCAGAGACCGUAAGGACAAGAUUACAGACAAGAUCGCCUACUUGAAGUACAAGGACCCUUACUCCAACAAGAUCGAGGUCUUGGAACAAGAAUUGGUCCGUGCCGAAGCCGAGUCCUUGGUCGCCGAAGCCCAAUUGUCUAACAUCACCAGAUCCAAGUUGAAGGCCGCUUUCAACUACCAAUUCGACUCCAUCAUCGAACAUUCCGAAAAGAUUGCUUUGAUCGCCGGAUACGGUAAGGCUUUGUUGGAAUUGCUAGACGACUCCCCAGUUACCCCAGGUGAAACUAGACCUGCCUACGACGGUUACGAAGCCUCUAAACAAAUCAUCAUCGAUGCCGAAAGUGCCUUGAACGAAUGGACUUUGGACUCCGCUCAAGUGAAACCAACCUUGAGUUUCAAGCAAGACUACGAAGAAUACGAAGAAGAUGAAGAAGAAGGUGAACAACAAGAAGGCGAAGCUUGGGCUGAAGAAGAACACCAAGAAGGUGUUGAAGAAUCUCAAGCUGCUUGA